AUGAGAUAUUAUACCCACCUUAACAGAGAGCCCCUAGGGCUUGGGCAGAGCGGGGCUCAUUCUGCAACUCACAACCUCCGAGACCAAGGACUUCCGCGCGAAGCCGCUCGGCUGUUUCCGGAGCACUGCGGCGAGCACGGCCGGGAGGAGGGCCCGGCCGCCGCCCCGGCCCAGCAUGGGGAGAGCUCGUCUGCGGCCCGCCGGGAGCCCAUGCCUCGGCCACCGAAUAACGCUGCGCAGGACGCAGGAACAGAACCGACUCACCUCGCACGAGCGCACCGCGAUCGAUGCUCGACCGCCGGCGUCCGAGGAGUCUGGCGCGCAACGCGCAUGCGCGGAGUCCGGCGCGCAACGCGCAUGCGCGGAGUCCGGCGCGCAACGCGCAUGCGCGGAGUCCGGCGCGCAACGCGCAUGCGCGGAGUCCGGCGGGCAACGCGCAUGCGCGGAGCCUGGCCUGGACUCCCAGGUGGGUCCCUGGCCCCGCCUGCGCCGGGCUGGGCCAGCCCCUGGGCGGCGCCAGGGCAGUCGGGGAGGAGCACGGGCGGGGAGCGCGCGGAGGCGGGCGCUGCGCUGGAGGGUCGCUGCCGCGGAACGCAGGCCGGUGCGCGCGGCCAAGCGGGCGGCGUGGGACCGAACCGCGGCCAGGUCGCUGGGCCGGCGUGCCUAGGAAGAAUAGCCUGGGAUCUGAAGGCCACAGCGCUAGGAAGCGGGAGGCUGCGAUGGCGGCUCCAAUUGCGGCAUCUGGGCGGGCGCAGCGCGGCCGCCGCCCCAGGACUUGCACUGCUGCCCUCCGGCCUCGGCGUGCACUGUGCAGCGAGAUCCCACAGGUUCUACUCCUAUAGUGUCAUCCCAGCUGGCUUAAGAGCUUGGAGGAUCACUGUAGCUCUGUCACAUUUAAGGUGUCCUCAGACAGCAGAAAACAUCAUCUUUUUGAAGAGUGCUACAAUUUUUCCAGUCACCUCUUAUAACUGCAUGCCAAAGGCAGGAACAGUGGCCGGUCAAGGCGCGAGCUUCCUGCUCUGGAAAGUUUGCAGAGGGGCAGAGUGCAAACCCUCUCUGUGCUCCAGGCUGGGACAGUGGCCUCCUGGCGUGACCCUCCUGUGGGAAUGGAAGCCGAGUCUGGUCGCCCUGGAUCUCUGGGCUGUGUGCCCGGCCCUGGCUUCUGGCAGGGAGCUGGUGAGACAGGUGAGCACCAACAUAAUUGAGAGAAAUGCAAACCUCGAAUGGAAUCAAGUUGUCAAUCUUCAGAUCAAGUUUCCCUCCAUGUGUGAAAAAAUAAAACUAAAGUAUAUGACUGGUGAGUUGCAAGUGUGUUGGAUUCAGCAUUUACGAGUUAAACAUCUGGGUACAAAGAGCAUCACUUCAGCACCUUUUAGUGAUUUUGCGAUUCUUCUACAAGAAAGCUAAACCUGGAAGUGGGCUGCAGAUGGUUCUUUAAACACAAAAACAGGACCGGCUUACCAAAAAUGAUGUAGUCGGGACAAUGUACCUGUACUUCUCUAAGAUCGCUGCCUCUGGGGGAGAAGUAGAAGUUGAGUGAUCAAGAGACCUGAGGAUCAGAGCUCAGCAGGAUUCAAAGCUUCAAGAAAAGAACAAUGUCAAUUGCAAUGCUCAGGGAGAAGGGGUGGCCUACAGAGGCAGAAUCUUGGUUGAACUGAACAUGUUCCUUGAAAAGAAACGACCAGAAACCACUCAAGCCCAUUUGAGCCCAUUUCAAAUGAUGACCUUCUGGUUGUUGAGGAAAAUGUCAGGGAGAACAUAGCACAGGUUUCAAGGGAUUGGAGAGUCUAAGAGUCAUCUGUGGGAGAGUUGGAGAAAGAUCUGCAUCAGAGAAAUUCAUUCCAACAUUCCCUUGAUAUAUCCAUGACAGCCCUUUGAAGAUAAUGAGGCUUGCUUCAACUACUGCAAUGUUAAUUGGUAUAUUAGUCUUUGGUAGUCUGACCAAAAUUGAAGAAUAGACAACUUCUGGGUAGAAGAAUUAAUUUUGGCUCACUGUUCUGAAGGUUUGAUUCAUGGUUGUAUAGUCCCAUGUAAACCAGAUAGAACAGGAUUAUGAAAGGCAUGUGUGACUGAGGAGCUUCUUCAUUGUGGAAAAGCAACAGAGAGAGGGAACAGAAAAAGAAGGCAGUAUCUUACACUCCCUUGUGACUUGCAUCCUGUACCUCUUACUGUCACCAACUCUUGACACUGCCAUCAUGAUAUAAAUUCAGCAAAGGAUAAUCCAUUAAUUAUAUCCAAGACUCCUUGUCUCUGGAAACACAGAGAAAUACCUAUAGGCAUGACUAAUCUCGUUUUGUUAAUCCAGUCAUUCUUGAGAUAAAGACUGGCCACCACGUAUAUGUUUAUAAGGACAGAGUACGCAAACAGUGCCCUUAGGUGGAGAGGUUGUGAGGAAGAGCUCUUCCCCUGGAUGGCUUAGGUACCAGAGUUACCCCAUUUCUACUUUCACAGGCAGCUGCUACAUCUGAGGCUUCAUAGCGAUAAGGGCAGGCCUGCUUCCUGCUGGCAUUACAAUGGCUUUAAGUCCCUUUUUACUUCAAGCCAGAAAGUCUUCUAAGUUCACCUCUCUCUUCCUGAGACUCUCAGGUCAAUGUUCUUGGGACACACAAAUCUGAGCUGUUUGGCAGAGCAGCUGACUCUCAGACACUCCUCUGUCCAGGUCUCUCCUGGCUUGUUCUAGAUUGCCCCAGGCCACCAACUCCCUCAGGGUGCCACACCCUCCAUUGGGAGAACUGAACAUUUCUCUCAUUUUCCCAUGUUAUUGAGAAACCAAGCAGCAACUUUAGAAAAGAUGUCAGCUCUGAGCCAAGUAAACAGCAGGACCGCUGACAUGAAGUGGCUGCUGUCAGAGUCGUGACCUGGGGCAGCUCUCUCAGUCUCUGUUUAUCAGCCUACCAGUCCAUUUCCAACCUGCCUUCUUAAAGCUUGGCCCAGUCAGUGCUUUGGGCACAUUCUUAUCUCUGCUCUCAGGUCCAGGUCUGAAGAGUUCUCUGCUGAGCCAGUGCAGUUUUCUUCCUUGAAGUCAACUAAUGUCUGGCAGUUAUAAAGUCUGACCCCUUUCAGGAUGACCAACAGGAAGAAUAGCC